AUGAAGAUUGUUUAAGCAGCCUUUGAAUCCAAGUCAAAAGACUAUGAGUAAUAGAUAUCUGAGUUAAAGAUCCAUCUUACUGAGAGAAACGAUUACAUAAAAAGGCUUGAAAAGAGAAAUGCAUAAUUAGAGAAAUAGGUGAUAGAUCAGAUGAAUGCAAUUCAGGAAUAGCAAACUCAGAUAAAGUUCAGGGAUAGAUAGAUUUAGGAACUAGAAUCAAAAUAUGAGAGUCUUGAAAAGAUAAGAAAAGACAUUAUUAAUACAGUCUCAUAGCAUGGCUCAGGCGGCAAUUCACUUGUAGUCAAUCAGCAUUCUCCACUAAUCAAAGAGAAUUAUUAGACAAACAACAAGACUCUGAAACCAACUUAAAACAAUAUAUUGAUCUAGAACAGUUAGACUUUUGCUAAUAAUCUUGGCAAGUUCAUUAAUCAGGACGAUCUUAUGAACUUUAAGAGUCUCUCACCAGAGAAUACAGCAAACAUUACCAAUAACAAUUUCUUAAGUCAACAGCAGCAUAUCCAAAAUUUCUAAAAACUUAAUUAAAAUUAAACUCAAAAAGAAAGUAGCUGCUUAGACUACCCCUUAAUCAAAUAAAAUCUGAAUACUAUAGAAAUGAAAGAGAAUAAAAACGAAAGAUUAAGCCACUACUAAAAUAAUGGCCCUAUUGCUUAGAGCCAGUCAUCUUCUGAAAGUAAAAUAUUCUUUAAAAAUGUCAAAGCUAGACUGUCAGAGGAGAAAUUUAAUGAGUUUCUACUUAAUGUCAAACGUUUAAAUGGCAAAGUCCAGUCUAAGGCCCAAACUCUAAUAAAUAUCGCUAAGCUCUUUGGGAAAGAAAAUGAUGAUCUAUUUAAGAACUUUGAGCAUAUAAUUUGCCCAUCCACCUAAAGUCAAUGA